AUCAGAAAAAAUAUAUGCCUUAAACUUUGAUUAUUUUAGUUAUAAGAUGACAUAAACGCUUUGUGUAGAAUUGCUGGCUCUGUACAGUAAAACAGAUAAGGGCAAGUGUUUGUUCUUUGUAACUCCUCUGCAACUGCUUUGCUCACCGUGGCCUUGAAGGUAGCAAAAAAAAAAAGUAUAUACAAAGUUAAUUUCCAGGUGCAAGGAGGUUUGUGAACUAACCUCGCCUCCCCUAUUAGUUCCCAUCCUGAUUACAGCAAAGAAAUAAUGAAGUAAUAUUAUAGCCGCUUUUCAUGCUAAUUUCACUAUAUGAUCAUGUGAGUUGUAAGCAACUGUUAAAAAGUAUAUAAGCCUCCUGAUUUUGCUCUUGGGGGGGGAACCCCUUCCAAGUGCUUGGGAAAUCCAUGUCACUUUGGAACUCCCCCUACAGCUGUAGUUUCUUUUGAAUAAAAGCUUCUGCUGACCUGACCCAAAAGUAUGCUGCGUGUGUUUCCACGACAAUUCCUGGUGCCGUGACUCGGAUCCAGAACACAGGCUGAGGAAGGAGGACCGCAGCCUGCCCCCCCCCGAACCCCGAGGCGCCAAACUUGAGAGGUCCAAGAAGCCUUACCUCAACCACCGGAUGUUCCCUGUCACAACCUCGAACCAGGGGAUUGGAUCUACGUAAAGGUCUAUCAACGGAAAAACGCACUUCAACCCAGAUGGAAAGGACCUUUCCAGGUAUUUCUGACUACUAAUUCUGCUGUUCGUUGCCAAGGUCACCAAACGUGGACUCAUGCCUCGCACUGCAAGAAGGUAUCACCUCCAUUGGACCCCGAAGCAGCUGUAUUCCAACCAAGGUUGGGAUCUUUCCCUGAGGCCAAGGACAAAGACCCUCAGGACCUCACUCAGGCAAGUGAGGAGCAUCAGGGUGCAGGUGCUAGUAACCUCUCCCCUGAACCCAACACCCCAGCCCAGCCAGAUUCAUCAGUUGAAGAACGAAGAUAUCAUCUUCGGCCUCGAAGAAAGUGAGUGCUCCCAUUCGGAAGAUCACCACCUCAAUCAAGACCAAGAGCUGACAUUAUCAGUCCUUUAGGUAACUUGAGCCCAGAGGACGAAGAAAGACUUUGGCUGCCAUCCUGGGUUUGGCUGGUAGUGUUCUUUUUCUUACUGGUGCUGGUUAUGUUUGUUGUUAAGAUUCUUUGUCCCUCCUGUAUCUAAAAAUGGCACUGAUAUCCUUAUAUAUCACUCUUGGGUAUCUCAGUAUCACCCAAGGGGGGUGGCAGAAAAAUUUGUAUUUGCAGAUCUCCCGUACGGUGGCUCAAGCUGGAAAUAAAAGUGACUGCUGAAUAUGCUCUCACAGCCCAGCACACCUACACCAAGGAAUCCCAAUGAUCGGAGUACCAAUAUCCCUCCAGCAAUGGGGAACAAUAAACGGCGGCUUCGUUAGACACUACUCAUUAGCUGCCCAUCGGUCCGCUCCUAAAGAAUGGAGGGCCGCCCCUGCUAACUGGAUAAUCUCCCCAAGAGUAGAGGCUCCUUUCUGUUACAGAUCCAACAACACUGGAGCUUAUAAUAAAGCCACACCUGUAGGACACUACCCUCAUUGCCUAACUACUCUAGAUUAUAGCCCUAGUAGCACCAGUGGAAUCCUGUUGGGUAACGUACCCUCUCUCAAUUGUACAGGAUUCAUGGUCUACAACUUUUCUAAGGAACCUCAUGUUGCUCUCAUUGCAAACAGAUCGGAAUUUCACAUUGACUCCAAUUUUACUUCUUGUAAUAUAUCUCGGUCCAGCAGGAUAGCAGCUGAACGUGGUCCUUCCUAUACGAUGCAUAUCAAUCAAAAGUGCCGGAUAUGGCACAACAACUGUCGAGAUUUAAGUACUUCUGCCCCAGGCCUUUACUGGCUCUGCGGAAACAGGGCUCAUAAAAUCUUGCCCUGGAAUUGGGUGGGGGCAUGCACUCUUGGACGUGUUAUCCCUGGUUUUGAAAUGCAUAGUGCAAUAUAUCUGGAACAAGUAAAAAAUUUCAACCAUCACAUGAAAAGGGCGGUUAACCCCUUAGCUACCAGAAACACAGGGUUCCAUCGAUUUGUGAGAACCUUCAUACCGUGGCUUGGAAUAAGAGAAUUGGAACUAGCCAUAAUUAACAUUUCAGCCACAAUGGAAGCUAUGGGAAAUGCCACUGCGGAUGCAAUUCAGGCUCUGCAAAAAGAGAUCUCCCAGAUCUCACAAGUAACUAUACAACACCGCAUAGCCCUAGAUUACCUAUUGGUAUCCCAGGGAGGAGUAUGUGCCUUAGUAAACUCCACCUGUUGUGUCUAUGUCAAUCAGGACAUGCGAAUCGAAACUGACAUUCGCAAAAUCCGAAAUCAGUUAAGGGUCUUACAUCAAGUGGCCUCAGAAAAUACUGACUGGGGUCUAGAAGAAAUGUGGUCUUGGCUAACCUCCUGGCUCCCAGAUUUCGGGGCCCUUGGCAAGAAAAUCCUGUAUGGAAUAUUGUUUGUCUUGAUAGUUCUGAUAAUGUUCUAUGUCUUAGUGCAACUGAUCCUCUGCUGCGUGAAAGCCAGCAGGAGAAGCUUUAGCAAGGCAAGAAAACCCACAGCAGAGUCUAGAAUAAUGGUGUUACAAAAGUGUGAGCAGAUUGAAAGAAAACAUGAAAGGCUGCAUGAUGAAAUAGAGGGGCUCAUGAGAAUGGAAAUUUAAGGCUAAAGUGAGACUAAAUAGUCUCAAAGGGGGGGGCUGUGGAAUCAGAAAAAAUAUAUGCCUUAAAUUUUGAUUAUUUUAGUUAUAAGAUGACAUAACCACUUUGUGUAGAAUUGCUGGCUCUGUACAGUAGAACAGAUAAGGGCAAGUGUUUGUUCUUUGUAACUCCUCUGCAACUGCUUUGCUCACCGUGGCCUUGAAGGUAGCAAAAAAAAAAAAGUAUAUACAAAGUUAAUUUCCAGGUGCAAGGAGGUUUGUGAACUAACCUCGCCUCCCCUAUUAGUUCCCAUCCUGAUUACAGCAAAGAAAUAAUGAAGUAAUAUUAUAGCCGCUUUUCAUGCUAAUUUCACUAUAUGAUCACGUGAGUUGUAAGCAACUGUUAAAAAGUAUAUAAGCCUC